AACAGCAGCACUUUGGUUGUGUGUUAGAAUAUAGAGGACGCCAGUAACAAUGUGUCUCUUUACUUUUGGAGUAUGAUGAAGAGACUCAGAUGUGACAUCACAUUGUUUUGUGUGAGCGCUGUAUUGCUGUGUCAUUGGUACCCUAUUUUACAUGGCUAUUGCUCAGAGCAGAAUGAACUUGAUUUACAAAAUCAGCCCCAGACCACACCGGACAUCCCUAUGCAGCAGGAUGGGAACAAGGAGAAUGAAAGCCAUGACAAGGACCUGCACCAGAAUCCAAUUAUAGAUCAAACACAGGAUGACACGGAACCAGUAGAAGAGCUACACACACAGGAAGCUGGACAGCAGCAGGACAAUGAGAAGGUGGAUGGGACUCCAGAGGGAGAACCUACGGUACCCGAGCAUGAUUCGAGAUCGGAGUCUUCCAGUGCCUCAGAGCAGGACGCUGACUUUCAGAGCGCUUCCCUUUUACCCCCAGAGACUGUGACUGCUAGUCAGCCUGUUCUUGACUCUGAGGACAUUUCUUUAACUUCCACUGAUCUACCCAGUUCAUCUACAUACAGCGUUGGUGAUGACUCCUGUACCUCUACUUCCAUCAGUGGUGUUUCUCCCACAGCUGCGUGUGAUGCAGGAGAAAACCCAUCAUAUGACACAGACCUCACCAGUCUUCCCAUUGCUUUGGAAAAUGGCAGCACCCACGGGACAGGAAAAAGUACCAAGGCUGGUAUAAACAGAGGCAGUAAGGGAACCAACGCCUCCAGCAUGCUGAAAGAACAGAGGGUUCAUGGUACCACAGAACCAGAUCCCACUCCUCCCAGCAAGGAUGCCGAAGACAUUCCUACUUUUGAUGAGUGGAAGAAGAUAAUGAUGGAGGUGGAAAAUGAAAAAAGUCAAAGCACACACACGUCCUCCAAUGGGGGUUCAAGUGCUGUCAAGAAAGUGCAGAAAACUACAAACUACGCUUCUGUGGAAUGUGGAGCUAAGAUUCUGUCUUCUAAUCCAGAGGCAAAGAGCACUUCAGCAAUCCUUAUGGAGAAUGUAGAUGUGUACAUGCUGAACCCCUGCAGCAACAAAAUAUGGUUUAUCAUUGAGUUGUGUCAGCCCAUUCAGCUGAAGCAGCUGGACAUUGCCAAUUUUGAACUCUUCUCUUCAACCCCCAAAGACUUUCUAGUUUCAAUCAGUGACAGAUAUCCAACCAACAAAUGGGCCAAGCUUGGGACCUUUCAUGCCCGCGAUGAGCGCACAGUUCAAAGUUUUCCACUGGAUGAGCAUUUAUAUGCCAAAUACGUCAAGGUGGAGUUGCUGUCUCACUUUGGGUCUGAGCACUUCUGUCCCCUCAGCCUCAUAAGGGUUUUUGGCACAAGUAUGAUGGAGGAGUAUGAACUGAAUUCUGAGCCCUCAGAGAGACUCACUUCUCAGGAUGAGGAUGAUGACUGCCCCCCUGGAUAUGUGCCAACAGAUGACAAAUCUUCAAAGAAUCUGAUUGGUUCUGCCAAGGAUGUUAUAAUAAAUAUGGUGAACAAUAUAGCCGCUAAUGUGUUGGGUGGAAAUCCAGAAGGUGUGGAUCAGACUGGAGGCAAUUCUUCCUUCCUGGAUUUAAAUUUGACAGAGACGACUGGAACUCCAGUUCAGAGCGUCUCCUCUACAUCAUCCAAUAUAAUCUUGGAGAGUUUGGAGGUGGAGCAGCAUGAUGUGAAAACGGUCACAGAGAUGACUUCUAUCCCACAAGACCAGGACAUGGACCAGACCAUUACUUUAUCCAAAACCCCAAUUUUAGAAGCUUUAUCAGCAACACCAACAGUCCUAGAGUCCCUCAGCCCAUCGCCCAUUAAAGAGGAGCAGAUUGUCACUUUGCUGCCGGAGGAGGAGGGGUCAGGUGAGACGGACCAAUCCGAACAGCUCUUCAGCUCCAGACCACAGGAUGAGGAACAAGGAGUUAACGCUCAACAGGAUCAGCAGUUCGACCGAGUGCUCGAGAAUGUAAAGUGCCGUAAGGACUCCACUGAUUCCUGCUCUUGUCUCAGUUCUCUACAAGAGUAUCUCCUGCAUAGAUGCUUUCCUCCUCAGGUUCACCAGGAGAAAACGAGAAAGACGUCCCAAAAAUCACAAUCUCAACCCAGCACUCAUUUUCAGCAAACCAACACUUUACUUCCUCUCAUGAGCUCAUCAUUUCCUGUGCAUGCACUCCACACCUGGACUACGGACACACCAUCUUCUAUAGAAGCUUCCGUUGUGGUGGUGCCAUCAUUGUCCGAGAAGUUCGAUGCUGGUUAUCUGGAACUCACUCCUAGUCUCACUUCAGCCCUGGCGACAGUCACUUCCACUGACAGUUUUGCCUCUCAAGCUACCCAUGCUUUGGAUUUCUUGGACCCUUCAGUGGUUGAUCUGCCUGUCCUGAAGCUUCAUGAGAAGAGCAAAGAAAAACAGCCCGGAGCUAAAAGGACUCCACUACCAACAUGCAGCUUGGAAUCACCAUCUAAUCAAGAGUCAACCACUAAAAGUGUCGAGAGGGAUCAUGACCAAAAUACUUUUCCUCCAGUAGAGAAAUCCAGCUCAGAAAGGAACUCUUUGACUCCCAGUAUGACAGCCAGCACUGUGGAACAGGCAACCUCGACCCCUCUGUCACCUGUAACUGACCAGCCCUUAGUCCAGCCAGAUGAAAGUGAAACGGUAGCACCUUCUGUGGCAUUGACAGCUACUCCAGUAACAGAACCAUUAGAGGCAGCCACAGUUGUAGUAGAACCCAAAGCUGAGAAUCUGCUAGAGGAAGCUUCUCCUGGGGACAACAGUAACAUUCAGUCAGCUCUAGGUAAUGGACAACCAGUUCAGACAUCCACUUCAGACUUCUACGCUGAAAUGCAAAUCAGCAGCGAAGCUCCAAUUCAUGGAUCCAAUCAGAAGGAGUCUGUCUUCAUGAGGCUCAAUAACCGGAUCAAAGCCCUGGAGGUGAACAUGUCACUCAGUGGACGAUACCUGGAACAGCUAAGUCAGAGAUAUCGAAAGCAGAUGGAGGAGAUGCAAAAAGCCUUUAACAAAACAAUCAUCAAACUCCAGAACACUUCAAGGAUUGCAGAGGAACAGGAUCAGAAACAGACCGAAUCUAUACAGGUACUACAGAAGCAGCUGGAGAACGUAACUCAGCUUGUUCUUAACCUCUCAAUGCGAGUGAGCCAGCUUCAGACUGAGGUUUCUGACAGGCACAGCUGCCUGCUGCUGUGUGUGGUGCUCAGCUUGCUCAUCUGCAUCAUCAUCUUCGCCAAAUUUCGGCGUCUGUCGGCUGUGAAUUCCACUCCAGAGCCUGAGACUUCCACACCAAACAUCUACAGCAACUUCUGCCCAGACAGAGCUUCCUGUGAUUAUGAAGAUGUGAACCCUAAGCGGAGAGCGUCUUAUCCGUUUGCACAGUCGUCUUUACAGAUUGCUCCGACUGAAGGGCCCAAUAUGGCAUAUGAUGUGGAAACACGGAGGAAUUCAACAGAGAAUAAAAAGAAAAAGCGAUGUAAAAUGAAGACUAGCAGAAAUCCGGAGACGAUAACUCCGACUGCCCUCUCCGUCUCAGCGGUCCCCAAUGGCCAUCCUUCUCACAGUUUGAACUUUAGGUUGCCUUUGUGUGGCACUGGUCCUCCUUUCUCCCCCUUAAGGAACCCUUCAUCUGAGGAAAGCUCGGAGGAUUCCUCGCAGUCCGACGAGCCUUCGUUCUGUGGUAUCGCUCCAUGCAGCCGACUCUGUGACACCCUGUCUCCCCCUAAGUGCCGCCCUAAAAAAAAGGGCCGUUUAAAAAAGAAGAGCUCGGUGCUGAAGCAGCUUCUUCAGCCUGUGGAGUGUAAAGGCCCGCCGGUCGCGCCUAACUUCACCCUGCAAGGAUUUUUCAAAGGCACCACAGAACUGCGCUUGAGCGGGCCUGAAGUACCUCUGCUUUCUAAAUAAGAACAGGUUUAACUGAUUGUGCUGGUGCAGCUGCUAAUUGCUUAGCAAUCUUAGCAAUUAAAUACACUGUGAGUAAAAAAUGGACCUCUGUACCUUUGCUCAUAACUUGUGAUCAACAAAUGUUGUUAACUCUUCAAUUUUUUUUCCCUGUUGUGUUAAGAGUAAGUGGCACGGUGGCUCGGUGGGUAGCACUGUCACCUCACAGCCAGAAGGUCUGGGUCCUUUCUGUGUUGAGUUUGCAUGUUCUCCCCAUGUCGGUGUGGGUUUUCUUCCACAGGUCCAAAUACAUGCAGUCAGGUUAAAUGAAGCUACUAAAAUUGCCCUAGGUGUGAAGGUGUGUGUUUAUGCAACCUGGCCAGGGUAUUUCCUACAUUUCGUCCGGUGAAUGGUACCCACCGCAACCCUGAUUAGGAUAAAGCAGUGGUAAAACAGACAAUGAAUGAAUGUUGUAUUCAGAAUUUAAUUUACAACAAAGUCAUUAUUAUUGCCAACCUUAUUUUAAGCCUGUACCUAGAAUACAAUGUGAAAUGAUUUUUACAGUGAUACAGUGAUAUUUCAUAUUCACGAUACACAACAGCUUUAACAGUGAGCUAUAAAAUGUCAGUUUGUUACCAAAUUCAACAUCAGAUAUCUGUUUAUUUUUAAUUGCAAGUUACAAACGAUGUUUGGCAAAUGUUGAUCAAUUUUCUUUUACACAAGUUAUGGGCAAAGGUACAGAUGUGUCUUUCCCACAGUGCAGUUUUUUUUCAGAUGCUGUUGUAUUAAGAUUAUUCUGGGGAUAAUAGAUAUUUUCCGUGGCUGUGGGAAACCCAAGAUUUUAGGAGUUGGACUAUGACAAUCUUUUGUAUUUCUGCCAAGCAGAAAGGGAUCAAAGCUGAAAGCACGACUCGAAAAUGAUUUAAAUGCACUGCUGCUUUUAGAAACGGUCUUAACCUGCAUUAUUUUUAAUCUAACAGAGAUGGCUUUUGCUUGAUGCUGAGUUAUCGACUGUUGAGUGUACAUUUCAGUAAAUCAUCUUGUAAAGCAAUCAGACAAGAGCAGAUUUUUUAGUUAUUACGUUUUUUGUUUAUAGAAUGAAUGUGAAAGUUUUCUAAAUAAUUUAUCUGGAAAGUUUCAACUCUUCCUGUAUCCCUGUAUGUUUUUUUUUCCAGCUACACCAGUGUCCUCCUGCAAUCCCACAGUCAUGGAUUAGUUACUCUAAGUAGGCCUGGAAUGGACUGGCAGUCCAUUGAAUGUGCUAGUGAGUUAGUCAGUCAGUCAGAGGAACAACACUUAGCCAGUAUGAGGACAGGUCUUGUGGUACUGGGUCUUUUAUAUGAUUGUAAAAUAUAAGCUUCAGAGUAAUGGUCAUACGAAUAAAUUCCAAUCAUUUUAUUUGUUUUUCUUGUUGACUGAAUGGUUGUUAUAUUUUAUCAUUCAAUUUUAAUCUUUUUUAUAACCGCUUUACCCAGAUUAAUCCUGAAGAUGUUCUGGUUCUGGGGCUGGGUCCCUCAGACAUAGCCAAUUAUGUCUGUAUGUAGACACCUGACCUGCUGAUAGCACCAGUGGGAAUUUGAACCCUGGAUCCCAACAGUAGUGGGUUAGUGUAAUUUAUCGCUAUAACACCUUAGGGCCUGUUUUAUUUAUUAUAUGCUGGGUUGUGAUCGCCAAGUGCAUACUGCACUUUAGAGUAAGAUAGUUAUAACACAUCCAUGAGUAAUGCACAGAUCUUACAUAAUUUUAACAUUUCAACUUUAUGCAAUUUCAGAUGCAGCAAAAACGGUGGUGGUUGUGCUUUAUUUUGUGGGAUAAAAUGGGUGUGUUUUGAAAUUGCUUACUAGUGAAUAUGCAUAGAUUCGAGAUUAUUGAGAGUGAAUAUGCAAAGAUGUUUGUACACCUGUUUUAAUAUGUUCUUGGGCAUUAGGAAAUAAAACCACACUGAUUUAAAAGCA